CAAGCUCUGCUCCGCCUCCUUCUGAGAGAGGAAGAUGUUUUACGUGGCAGAGCUCGGACGUGACAUUUUGGUUUAAGGAAUUUACGAAUCUUUCCAGGUUUACUGCGGUUAGUACAGCCGGCGACCACCUGCAGUGCCCUCCAUCACCCCCAGUACCUCCAGAAGCCGCAUGAAGCAUCAUGUGGUCGAUUUUUCUGGCUGCGCUGCUGCUUCCUUCUCUCAUCUUGACCUAUGAAGUGGACUUAAAAAAGCUCGAUGGACUUGCCAAGGCAAAAGUGGAGACCUGUGGGGGAUGACAGUUGAACAGGCUGAGGGAGGUCAAGGCCUUUGUGACCCAAGACAUCCCUCUUUAUCAUAACUUGGUAAUGAAGCACAUUCCUGGGGCAGACCCUGAGCUUGUCCUCCUAAACCACUACUACGAGGAGCUAGAUCGGAUCGCAUUGUCAGAUAUGACCCGUACAGAGAUCAACGAACUCUUAGCCGAGCUUGGCUUUUAUAAAAAAGCACAGCCUGAAGAUGAAGUGCCAGAGGAGUUCCGCUUCUCACCAGCCAAAGACAGCCCCUUCAAAGAGCACCACACAACCAAACUGCCUGCGCAGACUGAAAUUAGUGAGAAACCCCAGUCGGAGAUAGACUCAGCACAUAAAGAUUUAUAGUCUACAUAGAAGUCAGUUAGGAAUACUUGAGUGAUGCACUUGCUAUAAUUUAGUCUUCAGACUACUUUUUAUUACAAAGUCUGCAUUUGCAGUACGUGUGCUUGUGCAUUGAUCCACUUAAACUCAUGUCUGUGGUAUUAAAAGAACAGCAUAUAUGUAACCCUGUUUCUGCCCAUACAGGAACUGAAUGACGCCCCAAACCAUAAAAUCGUCUGAUUGGUUGGGGUUGAUGAUGUACGUUCUUGAUGUGUAUGGCAGGGUCUCGAUAGAGUGCUGGGUGUAAAGCAUGAUAACACUGAGAAAAAAUAAAAUAUUUUUGAUCUAAUUACA